UCUGAGUUUCUUGAUAAUUUUUGGAAUUUAGUUGAUAAUUUUUUAAUCUGAAAUGUAUGCUAUACUUGAUUUUUAAACUAUGGUUUUUGCAUUGAUUGUAUGAUUUGUAUCCUUUGAUAAUCGUUGUUGCUAAUUAAUUGGAAACAUGAACUUAAAGUGAGGAUUUUAAUGGAAGAUUGAGGCAGGUUUUCUGGAAAAGAUUGACAUUGCAUUUGACUUCUGAGGUUGAUGAAUAUUGCAAAAUUACUGAAUGGAGUAUUGCUUUGCAUCACCUUUGGGUAGGGUUAGUGUUUGAUGGUUAAACUCCUGAGUAUCCGAGAACAGGUUUUGGUACAAGUGUGCCACAUUUGAUACUGACCUACUAUAGAAAUUGGCCACUGCCCAGUUAGUUAAGCAUUGGGUAUUUGGGUUAGACUGCUUUCUUUAGACUAGGACUUAGUCGAGAAUACAUUAAGAUAUAUGACACAAUAUCGAUAUGAACCUGCCUGCAUUGCUGAGUACAACAUGGAAAAUAUUGCGUUUUACUUGGCACUCUUAAGAUUUACUAGUCUAGCACUAAUAAGGAUAACUGUGAUAAUAAUGUUUGUUGGCUAUUCACUAUUUGUAUGGAGCUGAUUUACACCUAUUGCUUCGUGGUUGUCUGUUGAUGACGGCUGUUCCCGAGCCUUUCUGUUGCUGAUUUACCUUAGUAGUAGAUAUCUUGUGUACGGAGUUUUCCUCCUAAAUCACUAUGUAUUACAACUAUCUAGUACAUCUUUUUAUGGUAAUUAGGUUGUUUUCAUACUUGUCAAUGUAAUAUAUAGUCAAUAUUUUCAUCAGCAAUCAUAAUUAGGUUAAUUUUAUGAUUUUUUUUUUUUAAAUUUUGAAGUAAUGCAAUUUUUUAAAAACAAUUUUUUUUUUAUCCCACCUGUCAGUUGUUGAUCAUCUCAAAUAUAUAGAUGGCAGAAAUAUUAAAGAUCUGAUAUGCUUGGUGGUUUUGGGCAAUUCUAGAACUGCACAGCAUACGGAUUUUCACGGCUGCAGAACUUCUAUAUUUAUCUUAUGGUAAAGGAUACUGGUGAAGGUCAUCUUCACAGAGCUUAGUAGGAAAGAGGCACAGCAGCAGCUUGAUGAGAUGAAGCGUGCCCUUAUAUUGUCAUCUAGCAUGAAGUCCAAGGGUGAUCAUCCAUCAUAUUCCCAUGAAAGUUCUGUCCAUUCAGAUUCUAGGUUGUCAGCCUGUGAUCCUGGACAACCCUACUCACAAUAUUCAAGCCCCUCGUUGGGACUUCAAACAGAUUUUGGGACAGGCUCUUGGAUUGGUCCUCCUGGACAUGCUUCGCUGCCAAACCCUGCCAACGCAAUUAAAGGAUAUACAGGGGUGGAGCAUUCUGUCGCAUUACAGGCAAUGCAGCCUCGUUCUUACAACAAUGUGAGUAGAGAGGUUCAUGCAUCUGUGGGUCUUCUUUUCUUUUAUAUUUUUCAAUUUUAUUUGAGGUGGUUGGGGGUUCCUUUAGUGUUGGGGAUAACGUCUAAUAUGAGCUCCGUUCUAACUAUACAUACAUCUUUUUAGCUUCCUAUCAUUGAUUUUGUGUUCUUCCUUACCAGUCCAUGUUACUGGAAGAACACUUUUAUGAAGGAUAGGCUUUUCAUCGUGGAAACCAACUUUGAAACUUUGGAAACCACUUGCUGGAAAAUGACCCUCUAACUUGUAAAAUAUUCUCUCUUGAAUUUUUAUACUUGUUAUCACCUUUUUUCCCCUAAGUAACCAAACGUGCCCAAAAUUUAUUACAUGUUUUAUUGACUAAAUGCAUAAUU